AUGCCACCAAGACGUGGCGCCCCCCCUCUCAACUCUCUGAGUCCGCAGGAUGCCCCAAUGCACUCUGCUUCCACCCCACCCUCUCCUGCUUAUAUGCAAUUUCCUCAAGCACGUUCCAAUUCUCCAUCUGGAUUUGCUCAUCUGCUCUCCAAGUCUUCAAGAUGGUUCCGAAAACCAUCUGAUCCACGAUUGGCGUCGGGCGCAAGUGAACCUCGAAGCAGCACCAGCUCGGUGGCCGUACGCAAACCGAAGAUAUCCCGCCCUACAGACCCACGCCCCAUUUUCCAGGGUUUUCAACCGGAAUCCCGCGUUAGCGACGCGAGCAAGUCGGUUCUAGACCUCUCUUCCAAGAAGUCCUUCGAUUUACAACGUCCCUUUCCCACUUCACAACCAUCCUCUCCUGAUGUCAAUGGAAGUCUCGGUGAUCUUCGCAGCAUAUCUCGCAAAACUUGGUCAAAAUCCGCAGAUGACCUUGGAAACUUCUCGGCAUCCUCGUAUUCCUCUGCAGACAUCUCAUUUCAACAUAGAGUGGAAGAAUACAGAAAUAGAAGUAAUAGCAGCGCAACCUUGCAUCCCAUACAUUCUGGUCCUGGAAGCCCCGUGAAGCACAUAUUCCCGACCAUUGUGACCGAUAUCACUCUUUCAUCUUCCCCUCCUGAGGGCGGGUUUGUCUCUCCUGACCCUGGCAUUUCCAUCUCUGUCUCCUCACCCACUUCAGACGCGUUCGUUUCCCCUCCGUCAGAAGAGCCACCCCAUGUUCACUCCCGUAACACGUCAUUCGCUCCUCGAUUACCUUCUAAGCUAUCUGCGUCCAAGCUCGGGUUUUCCCCAACAAGCCCCAAAAGGAAGGGAUCAGGUUCCGAGCGAGAUGCCGAAUCAACAAAGGACAAAGAUAAUGACCGGAGUGGCCCCAAUGGCACGCGUGGUGUCUUUCCUUUCGGCCUUGCAAGUCCUUCUUCCAGUAAACUGCCACUACCCAACCCAACUUCCCUCAGUGGCCAAAAUACAACUUCUUCGUCUUCACCAUUACUUGCGCCUACUAUGCUCAAACCUGAUGCAUAUGACAGUCACGAUUCGCGUCGCACGUCGCAGAUCGUUUAUAACGCCGGUUUCAUCAACCGUAUGGGAGAUGCCGCACCAUCGAUCUAUGCGCACUAUCGGCCAUACAGCACUGCUACGAAUCUGACGCUGUCAAAGGGAUGGAAAUCGUUCAAGGCAGAGCUUAAAGGAUCGAAGUUGUACUUCUAUAAAGCACCGAGCGAUCGUAGCGCAGCCAUCAAAGAACUCUUUCCAACUGAGAUCGUUCCUGCGCUCGAAGAUGACGAAGUGGACGUCGAAGCCGAUACCUUGGAUGAUCUAAGGGCUAGUAGGGGUAGAGAUGACGGUGCAGGUGGCAGGAAGAAACGUGCAUAUUGGGGUCGAAGGACGCAUCCUGACCUAGUUCGCGGUGAGGGUGGUAUAGAGAAAGGGACCUUUGAGGCUCUCUUACAUGAAACCGUAUUCGCCACGACCUUUCUUCAGCAUUCCGGCGAGGAGCAAAGUGCUUCCACAGGCGAGCCUCGCAGACCAGAGUGGAAAGACUUAUCUUCUGCUGUUUUGCUCUGCUUGCCCAUCCUCGUGGGCCGAGAGUCAUUUGAGAACGAGUUUACUCGUUUAUGUGAUAACCUCGUGAGUGGUGCGGACGAGAAGACAAAGAAUUUUGAGCGCUCCUGCGUUUCAUGGAUGGCUGGCGAGUAUCUACGGUACCACGGAGUGCCUGCUGAUGAGCCUGGCUGGGAUGCUUGGCGAAAGGAAACGAUACCCGCCUUUUCAUGGAACAAAGGGUCGGCCUCCGGAAUGCCUAAAUCCACCUCUACGCAAGCCGUUUUUGCGCCUUCUCCAAACCCUGGCAUGUACACUCCCUCAAUGACCGGAUCUACAUUCUCUCCAAACUUAGGCACAUUCUCCCCCCGGCCAGGCGACGACGCCAAGAUGGCAUCUCUAAUGGAAGCCUUGGGUACUCCGGGAUUGCAAGCUCCCGCAUCAUCUGUCAAGCCUAUCUCCCCACGACAACAACGCCUCCAACAUCCAUUCGCUGACCCUAAACAGCGUGUAUGGACGUUACUUGCGCAAGACGGCUUCACCCGCGAGGUGCUCUCGCUCCUUGACCCCACAUCUGUCGCCCAUAGUUUGAGAAUAUUCCAUCGACGCAUCCUUCAGCAACUUCCUGACAACCUCACAUCAGAUCAUAUCUUGAAAGCGGACAGCGAUCCCGGCGCUUCUCCAGAUCAAGGUGCUGGUGCAACGACCGGCUCGUCGCCGUCGGCAGCACUGUUUGGAAGCGAGGACCGACCCCACUGGCUCACGCGACUACUUCUCAUGCAGAUUCUAGGUGCUGAUCCGUCGAGCAGCUCUGGGGUGGAGCGCAGUGCGUCGUCGCGCACGCAUUCGCGUUCUGAAGUGAUCUCCAUGUGGGCGAGGAUUGGAGAGCUUUGUCGGAUUGCGGGCGAUGAGUGCUCGUGGAUGGCGAUUUCUGCUGCGCUGUGCUCGCGUCCUGUUGCACGGCUUAGCAAAGCGUGGAGGCGAGCUGAUCGUCAGAGUAUUAUGGCUAUAGAGUCGUGGAUUUACCCUGGGGGUGAUGGACAGGUCGCGCUUAUCAAUGGGCCUGUUUUGACGCCUUGGGGUGGGGAGAUUAGGGAUCGAGCGAAGCAUCUCCUUGAGCAAGCUAGAGAAGAAAGGACGGAUGAGGUAUGGGCUACAAAGCCUCUCUUACAGACCAGGGAUUUGUUCGAGGGCCUUCGGACGAAAGUUUCGUUGUGUCCUAGGAAUCCUUCGACGGAUAAUCUUCCUCACGACGUUGAAAAGCUGCUCGACUUUUGGCAAGAUUUCGUGGAGGAGAAAGGUAAUCAGAGCUCGACAUUGGCGGCCAAAUUCCAACGGGUGGAUCAAUUUAUGUCACUUUCGUUGGCUGCGGAACCGAGGCGGAAAGGACUGUUCGAGCCGUUUUUCUGGUCACAUUCCAUGUCUACGCCGCAUACGCUUUGUCAUCCCCUUACGCCCCUGCUAUUCGUGGAUCCGUUGCCGACUGUGACACUUAUUGAUCGGGCGCAGAUUUGGCGCGGCCGGUUAGAGAGUGGACCAACGAAGCUUAGUGUUGAUGAGCUCCAGCGUCUCCGCGGACUUGAUGUGGCGCUUACUCCGGCGUCUCGUAGAGCGGAUGCCUCGUCCAGUAAAGAUAAGCUGUUCAACAUCGGCGACGUCGACAUCCGGGAGACUGCUAUUCCUGUUUAUGAUGGAGAGCUUCUCCUCGUCGCUCGCAGCGACCUAGACCCAUUGUCCUCAUCCCGACCUCCUUCCCGUGCGCCAUCCAGACCUCCGAGUUCUGUAGUGGAGGGCAAUUCCGACAAACCUAUGACGCGUGCGCCUUCCAUCCGUGUAAAGCCUGGAUCGUCCCAGGGUCUCGAGCGGAAGAGCAGUGUUGCGCGUCGAAGCUCGUUGCCUUCUAUAUCUUCUCGACCGAAUGCUAUGGUGACAGAGGUGUCGUCAGAGCGGCCCAUUCGCGUCAUCGUGCAAGCUGGGACUUUGGACCGCCUGGUCAAUGUCCUUGUGCAUGGUCUUCAGGGCGUAUCAGUAGCUGUGGCUGACGACAAUGGCGAGACGUCUUUAAGGGACGGCAAAACCAGGGACCUUGUCGUUGAUCGAGCUGAGUUUGCGCGGGUAUGGUGGCAUGUGUUCCGGAGCUUUGUGACGCCUAUCGUCUUCUUUGAGCUACUUCGUAAACGCUUUUUAGGCAGUCGACCCUCCAGCCAGCCCUCAUCAACCAGUUCUCUCCACGUGAUACAGUUUCGAUCGGAAGUGCUGGAGGCGAUCAAGGACUGGAUAACGUCUGGAGGAGGAGCUCAGGACUGUCUCGAUGAUGUUCAGCUAUUUGAAGCAGUGCGGUCUUUCCUGGAAAGUCCGUUAGAUCGCGCUUCCUUAGAUGCUUCGACCAUGGAUGGAAAUGAUGUCCGGCAAGCUUGGGACGCUCUUGACAGCGCUCGUCAAAUGACCCUCGCGGCAUUCACAGCGCAGACUCGACGACCUCCGUCCGCUUACUUGGCUAAUGCCCGACCGUUGAACUCGACACCUCGAGUACGAUCCUUUGGUAAUCAAUCACCAGACGUAGAUGCAAUCAGUGCCGAUGAGCUUGUGGAGAACUUGAACGCUAUGGGUUCUGCCGCACUUAGUAAUAUCAGCGAGGAGGACCUUUUCAUUACCGCUGAUCUGUUAGAGGUCCAAAGCGCAGAUCGUACCGGCUGGUUUUCAACUCGGGAAGUGCCAUCGACUGAUGACAUCGACAUACAGUCCAUGUAUUCCCACAUGACGGACGUUCAGCCAUCUUCGCUGAUAUCCGAGCUUUCUCAGGAUACUAUCUAUCGUCUCCUACCGCCUAGCAUCCGCAGCUGUAUUCGUGCCUUUAACAUCCUUCGGAAAUGGACGAUUUCCAAGCUCGUCGCACCGAAACUGGGGAUCCGAGUACGGCAGGCAAGAAUGGACCUUUUCCUUCGAGCCAUCGAGAUCGCCCGUCUGAGGAGUAUGAACGCUGGUUCUGCAUCCCUCGGAUGUGGGGACCGACCUUGUGUCCGGUCUUUCGUCGAAGCUGUUCUUAGCUCGGCCAUUGUCAGUUCCGAAAGCCGUAUGCAUCAUCGUCCAUGGCAAAAUCUUGCAAAUAUUCGGGGGGUUCAAUGUGACAGCCUUGUAGGGCUUCUCUCGAGACCGGCUGUGCCCAAAAAGUCGUAUGGAGAUGUUCUUGCUAUUGACGUUAGCUGGAUUUUGGAGCGUAUGCUCGAGUUGGUGAGCAUACCGAAUGUGGUCAUGACGUCGGGCGAGAAUGAUCAGUGCAUCAUAAACUUGGACAAGCGCAGACACCUUUGCAAUCUCAUUUUAACUACCCCGUCGCUCGCAAAGAGGAGCCGUCCCCGCGAAGAGGUCGACCGUAAAGACUUCGAACGGUUGAACAAUAUCGAGAGAGAGAUGAACUUGAUUUCACUCGACCACCGAAGUAUCAGAGACGAGGCCCAGCGGGAGGCCCUACAAUCUCAAGGCAAUGUUUCGGCGUCUGCCAAGAGGACCGUGCGCCCAUUCCAGAGGCUAGUCGCGAUGCAACAAGAGAAGUACAAGCGAGACAAGUAUCUCCAUGACCGUCUCAGCAAGGACAAAAAGCAGGAGCAAUUGCGCAAUGAGCGGAGAGAUGAUCAAAUUAACAAGGCGAUGCGGUCGCGAAAGCCGAUGACUCAGGUUCAGAAGCAACACCGGAUGAAGAAGAGCUACUCCUCAGCGUUUUUCCAACUGAUGAGGCCUAUCUCUAGUGCAUUUACUGAUAGCACGCACGCUACGGCAUUGAAGCGAUCGCCCGCUGAAUUGGACUUCUCGCCCUCUGGUAAACCUUCUUUGGUUCUUUCGGUCGUUGACGCUCGAGUUGCCCAAUUUAUCAAUAACGAGAGGUCGUUCACUUUCCAGCUGGACACCGAAGACGGCGGACAUUAUUUACUACAGGCUAUUUCUAAACAAGAGAUGGUACGAUGGAUCGAGCAAAUCAAUCGUGUUGCGAAACUUGCUGCUAAACGCCGCUUGACGUAUCUUGGAAAUUCACCAAAGCCGCAACUUGCAGACCAUAUCCAUGACCAUCCGUCAGCAACCACAGCUUCGCGGGAUCCCAGAGCUGUCUUUGGAGUCGAACUUGAGUUCCUCCUCGAGCGCGAAGCUAAUGGAGCGCAGCCCGAGAUUGGCUCGAUCCCGUCCGUCAUGCUGACUUGCCUGUCAGAAGUCGAGUAUCGUGGCCUUAGUGAAGUUGGCAUCUAUCGUGUUGCUGGAGCUACUUCUGAAGUCAACGCUCUCCGCGAAGCCUUCAACAGAGGCGAAUGUCCUAUAACCCCCGAUACUGAUAUUCAUUCUGUGUGCGACUUGGUCAAGUCGUGGUUCAGGUUGCUCCCCGAGCCUGUCUUCCCAUCAUCGUCGUAUUUCAAUGUUAUCGAGGCGAUGAAGCUCGAGAAUCUUAACUCGCGGCUUGCUUGUAUCCGGAGUGUUGUGCAUGGACUUCCCCAGGCGAACUUUGAUCUUUUAAAGAGGGUCACCGAACACCUCGAUAGAGUAACCGACUACGAGGAACACAACCAAAUGGCAGCCGAGGCUCUGGCAAUUGUUUUCAGCCCCAACCUUCUUCGCGCACCGCAGAAUGACUUUGCCUUAAUCUUGGCGAACAUGGGACAUACCCACAAACUUGUGAAAGCCCUGAUCACCCAUUUCCAUGUAAUCUUUGAUGACGAGCUUGAAGCCGACCACGAUGUAGAAGAAGAUGAAAUGGAGGAGCCUAUCCUCGAGGAGGACGAAGAAGAGGAGAUAGAUUCUCCAGCCGCGGGCGAUGAGUCAUAG